AGGAGGAGGAGGAAGGGUCGAGGAGGAGGGCGGGCCGGAGCCGCUGCGACGGAGAUCCCCCGGGAUCGGGGCGCUGCUCUGGUGAAAGGCUUUGAACAGAUGUGGAAAGAUGUUGACGACAGAGAAAGGGGUUGUGGAGGAAUGGUUGUCAGAAUUCAAGACGCUACCAGAAACAUCUCUAUCAGAGUAUGCUGAAAAUUUAAAAGAUAAGAGUACUUUGGUUUCAUCUUUAUAUAAAGUUAUCCAGGAGCCGCAAAGUGAUUUGCUCGAACCCGUGUGUCACCAGCUCUUUGAGUUCUACAGAAGUGGAGAAAAAAAGCUGCUGCUCUUCACACUGCAGUUUCUCCCAGAACUGAUGUGGUGCUACCUGACCGUGUCUGCCACCUGGAAGCAGCACAGCACGGGCUGCAUUGAAGCUCUUCUUUUAGGCGUUUACAACUUGGAAAUAGUUGACAAACAGGGACAUAACAAAGUGUUGAGUUUUACAAUCCCAUCUUUAUCUAAGCCAUCAAUAUAUCAUGAACCUUCCAGCAUUGGUUCCAUGGCUCUGACAGAAAGUGCUUUAUGCCAGCAUGGUUUAUCAAAAGUUGUUUACAGUGGACCUCAUCCUCAAAGAGAGAUGUUAACGGCUCAGAAUAGGUUUGAAGUGUUGACAUUCCUUUUAUUGUGUUACAAUGCUGCCUUAACCUAUAUGCCCAAUGUUUCUCUUCAAUCGCUGUGUCAAAUUUGUUCAAGAAUCUGCAUUUGUGGAUAUCCUCGACAACAUGUAAGAAAAUACAAAGGUGUAAAUAGCAGGAUCCCAGUUUCUUCAGAAUUCAUGGUGCAAAUGUUAACAGGAGUUUAUUUUGCCUUUUAUAAUGGAGAAUGGGAUAUGGCUCAGACGGCCCUGGAAGAUGUCCUGUACCGAGCCCAGUUGGAAUUGUAUCCCGAACCGCUGCUGGUUGCUAAUGCAAUAAAGACUUCAUUGCCUGCGGUUGCCAUGCAAUCUAGUAAGGAGGGUAAAAGAUGCAUUCAGGUUGAAAUUACACCAACUUCAUCGCGAAUAUCCAGAAAUGCUGUAACCAGCAUGUCAAUAAGAGGGCAUAGAUGGAAAAGACACGGGAAUACAGAUUUAACAGGCCAAGAGGAACUAAUGGAGAUAUCUGAGGUUGAUGAAGGAUUUUAUUCCAGAGCUGCAUCUAGCACCAGCCAGGCUGCCUUAUCAAACACCACCACCACCAGCAAGACCAGUUUAGGAAAGAAUCCACGAAAGUCCGGAGGGAGCAGAGCUGGAGGAAAAGAAAAAGAAACCUCCGGGGAAUCAGGCAGAGAGCACUCAGGUCGAAAACAAAACCCCAGAGCCCUGAGUGAGAACCUCGAGCUGCUCUCCCUGAAGAGGCUCACUCUGACCACCAGCCAGUCUCUGCCCAAGCCCGGCAGCCACAGCCUGGCCAGGACCGCCACCACCAUCUUCAGCAAGUCUUUUGAACAAGUCGGUGGCAGCACUGGCACCCACAAUCCUGGCGUUGCAGGCGGCGGAGGGACAGGGACAGAUGCCAAUAGGUUUUCUGCUUGCAGUCUGCAAGAGGAAAAGCUGAUUUACAUCUCUGAAAGAGCCGAGCCACAGAUUCCAGUUAAACAUCCACCCAAUCAGCAGAGACCUCCUAGCAUCAGCAUCACCCUGUCCACCGAUUAGCGUCUGAGACAUGUCCCCCCAUGAGCAGUGAAUUGGGAGGUUUCCUUUCCUUUUAUGUCCUUCAUCCCUGUUUUUGACAAGAACUCACAGAUGUCUUAAAUUCUGGAAGUCAGCUGGAAUGGCAAGCAAUGUCUCUAGUGCAAUGAGUUAAAAUGUAGUUUGGCUUUCCUUAGCUGUGUUCCCUUCUCCCUGGCUCCCUCAGCUUGAGGAUAGGCUUGUCGGCCCCCAAGGAAGUCGGGGUGCAGUUCUGGCUGGUUGUCUGAUCACUUUGGCCACACCGUGGGUGAGGCUAAUUCUUUUUGUUACUUGUAUUACAACCUUCAAUGUAGAGGGAUGUUAUUGAUUGUUGAUAAAAAGGUGAGGCAGUAGUGAAACUCCAGGAAUUCUACCACCAUUUUAGUGAGUUGGUUCUGCAAAACCAUCAGUCACAUGAGAAACCAUGCAUAUGCGAGGGACAGCAUUGAGGGAAAUCUCAGUCGGGACCAGAGUUUGAUCAGAAGCCUGGGGGCUGGGUAUAUUGUGUGAUAUCAGGGGCCACCCUCGAAGGGGAAUGAAGGUCUUAGCGAUAGCGAGCACCCAGCAUAGAGCUGGAUCCCACCUGUCUGAUUGCCAAUCCCUUCCUUGUAUUUUCUGCUGCAGGUUGAGCAGGUAAAGCUUCUUUUCACCAUUUCUUCCAAGUUGUAAUAGGCCUUGGAGCUAAGGCAUGAUACGUGUCUCCACCUCUUCUACUUUGGAAAUUCCAGUUAGUUUGAUCCACUCCUUAGGAGAAUGCCCUUCUGGAGAUAGCUGGAAAGUCACUGUAAAUCUCAUAGCAUUCCAGCAAAAAGAAAAGAAAAGAAAAGAUAUUAAAUGUCAAGAUAACUGUCCAUUUUUACUCUUUUACAGCAUUUCAGUUUCUAUGCAGAUAAAGGAGUUUAGAUGUUAAAAGUUUUACAACUGCACAGUAUCAUGAAAGAAAAUAAAGAAUAGCAAACUCUAAAAGAACAGAAGACAUUCACAUGGUCAUUGUCAUUUAGCAUUGUCAUUUUUCCGGCUUUGGAUCCAUAAAUUUAAAAUCCCCACAUAGGAACAAGUGGUUGCCUGGUGUUUGCUCCUGCCUCCUAUAAGGACUGUUUAUUUUUUAGAUGGUCCUUAUAUUUGUUUGAACAAAAUUACCAAAAUAACCAGUUCCCCCCCAAAGCUUUUUACCUGCUACUCUCUAAAGCCUCUUCUAACUAAUAGUAAAAGGUCAUUUACAUAUUUCUUGCUCCCACUUUUCCCCCCUUAGAUCCAAAGAAAAAUAGACAAUGACUUAGGAUGUUUUUCUUUUUACAAUCUUUCCUUAGGCAUGGGUCAGAAGUAUGAGAAGACCAUGUGGGGGUGUCCAUUAAAGUGUUGAUUUACUUAAACUUGGUCAAAAGUGAAUCUGUAAAAACCAAAGCACAAACCUAUGACUCUUAGCUCUGAAUACCGCCAAGUUGGGAAUAUUAUCGAGAUUUGUUUUCUGUAGGUUCAGGUGUUAAACUUGGAAUGAGUUCUUUUGGUCUGUGGAGCAGCUAAUGAGCAGAGAGGGGGUAUAGGCCAGGAAAGCUCCUGGUGGUGAAGGAGGGAUUUUUAUCCCUCGGCAAGGAGGUCUGGAUGCCAUUAUAAAUGCGUGGCCUAGAUCACUGGGGAUUCCUUCUCUAUUCCUAUUCUGUAAGGAAAACAAAGAGUUUCAGGAUUUUUUCCAUCGUUGCCAUGGCAUUAAUAUUCUUAAUGAAUUCAUGUCUUUAGUCUUAAUCUCAAUCAGGUUAUUCCUUUUGGUGGAGUCUUACAAGGGAAGGUUAUGUAGAUUACAGAAGCUUUGGUAGUCAGUACCCCAGCCUACAAACUCUCAGAAAGCAUUGAGUAUUGAGGUGGUGCAAGUUGGGGGCCUGACAUCUGUAUUUUCACCCUGUCAUGAAGCCUUAUUUUGGUGUUAGGAAUAACAGUGCACAUCAGUUGCUGGGCUAAUGACUAGUAUUCUUUUGCCUUAGAAUUCUCAGUAUUUUUAUUCUAUUAUUCUCAUGGUAUAUCAUAGAAAAAUUAUUUGUUAGUAAAACAGGAAAAUGUUAGUGUAAUUUUCUAUACAUUACAUUUGUUUGACAUUAACCUGUAUCAUGUAAUGAUACAACUGUAGCAAUAAAGUAAUGGAUGAAAGUGCCCCAGAUCUCACUGUUGGCAGGUUGACAUAAAACAUGACAGCUGGGCUAUGGUGAUCCUGACAUGGGGUAAUAGUUUCAGGACUGUGCCUCCUAUCUUGUGCCCAGAGGAAUGCUUUCUAACAACUAGGAGAGGUGCUGGCUGAGAUCCUGAUCUUGCGCCCUGCCACCCAGAAGGACUUAAGGACAGUUCUGGCCCCAGUCCAUACAGAAUAUCCCUUCCCACCCUGGCACCCACCUUCCACCUCAGCAUGGAGGAUCCCUGAGGGUGUGAAGGUAAAGCAGUUCUCUCUCUGAGAGAAUCAAGAGAACAUCAUGCAGUUUCUCUGAGGUGCUAGGAAGAAUGGGCUCUACCUGCCACCACAGAGAACCCAGGGGUCCUGGUGGGCCAGGGCAGGCGGAAAUAAGAGGAGUUUAAGCCAAGGUAGGAGACGGCUGAUUCCUAGAGACUCCUCCUCUUGGAAUCCUGGUUGAAGGAUUUUGGAGAAGCAGUGUUUUCUUUAUCGUUUUUAAUUAUGAAACAUUCAUCAGACAUUACUCAUUUCUUAAACAUUAACUUGAAACGUUUUAAGUGAAAGGAAACAUAUUUGAACCAAAACAGUUAAUCUCUAUCCCAGUUUUAAGGGAUUACAUAUUUGGAAAAACAAAAUGAAAGCAUUAGCACUGUUCGGUUUUAUUAGUAUCUGGAGCAGAAGACAUUUUGCAGCUGUAAAGACUUAAAGUGACUGAGUAUUGAGAAAGUGAUGCAGUCUGAUAUUUUAAUUUAGCAGCCAGCCUAAAGCUCCACAUUGUGGAAGGGCAAGACUUUCAGAGAGAUGUUCCCAUUGAGAGUCUGCAAAGUUUGUAUCUUCUCAGCUGCUCGGUGAAACGUUUUUCAUGGCUUAGAAAGCUCAGCGUCCACGUAGAGAGGUAUUUUUGUUCUGCAGUCAUUUGAUUGUGAAGAGAAAGUCAUUUGUUGGCUUUCAUGUACUCUUGCUAAAGAUAGUAGUUCAUAAAGAAUGUGUGAUGGAACCUUCCCAGACAUGGGAAGAAAAAGGAGGGCAACUUCUGAUUGGGACGGAUUUGUUUUCCAGGCUUCCUUAGUAAUAUUAUGUUCAAUACCGUCCAUUAUUCAUAUCAGUGUUAAAAGUACAUUGGGAUUCCCCAUUAGAGAUAUAAAGUAUAUUUUGUCUUUUUGUACUGUGUAACUCUUUUGUAUUUUAUAACUCCAUAUCUACAAAUACUGUAUGCACCAUUGGACAGAGUGGAAAAUGUGUUGUCACUUUUUUAAUAGCAGAGGACCAGUCCACAUACGUCGAUGUGAAGUUGUUAUUUUAUCAGUCAGAUCCGAGAUCCUAUUUCCUAAAAGUGCUUUCUCAUGUAUAGUUUCUGUUUUGUACCACUUCCCUUAUUACCUUUUCUUCUGAUCAUGUAGUGAUACUAACCUUUUCAUAGUAAAUGUUUCGUUUUUAAUUAUGUACCUAGAGUUUACAUUCCUGAAAAAUAAACCACAAGUUUGAAUACUUUUUACGUGCUACUUACCUUUUUAUGGCAGUGAAAAUAAACUGGAGUUUAGUUUUCUGAA